ACACCAUUGUUUCGCGCGAUGGAAGCGUCGCCUGACCCUCUCCCAAACCCCAAAGAUCCCCAAUCUUAGAGCGCGUCCCGAUCGCCUUUAUGGAUCGCCGGCCCCUGCCGCCGCCCGCAGUCGCCGUGGACAUUUCGUCCCCUUCUCCCUCGCCGCGUCGUCCCAAGAAGAGGCAGCAGUUGAAACUCGGGGGAAGCGGAGGGCCGCCUCCGACCCUUGUCGUCAUCGACGACGACCUAACUCCUCAGAAGGCCGACGCCACCCGCACCCCCUCCUUUGUUGCCGAGACGCCCCUCUCUCCUGGCUUCGCCUUCGAUUCUGAUCCUUCUGUUGUCAAAUGCAGCCUUUCCCGUGCCAAAUUCGGAAAUGCUUCCUCAGAUAAAUUCGCCGGAAUUACUGGGUUGAUUUGUUUGGAAUCUGAUAAUGAGUCCGAACUUGGUGCACAUUUGGUAAAUGUGAGCAAACAAGAUACCACUAGUGCUUUUUCUACACCACCCGAGCAUGCUGGGACGGAUUUAAGAUUCCACAGAGCUGUAGAUCUAAAAGUUACAGGAGCAGAAAAGGACCAUGACACAUUAUGUUUCCCAAUUGAUGAUGCAGUUUCUGACAGCUACUAUAAGAACAAUAAAGAUAUUAUACAGGAUGGCAGUCAUGGAGUGAUUGAUGACUGCAUUGAUGCCACUUCCAGUUUCGUACAGAUUGUUGGUGCCAGUCCUCUGCAUGGUUGCUGCAUGGCUAAAGAAGCUCUUCUGCAGACUGGAAACCACGGUGAUGAUCAGGAUUGCAUGUUUGAUAAAGAAGAUUUCACUGGAGAUCAGAACUGCAAAGGUGUCAUAGUUGAUGCUAGGAAAAACCACAAAACUGAGGCUGAUGAAAGAAAAAAGAAACUCAAAGAAGAGAAACGUCAUUUACUUGAAGAAAGAAAACGACAGAAACAGCAAGAGAAAUUGAAGAAAGAAGCUUUAAAAUCUGAAGCAGCAGAAGCAAAGAAAUUGGAGAAGGAAAGGCAAAAAUGGGAAAAAGGGAAAUUUGCAUUAAAGUCUAUCUUGGCUGAGAUUGAUGUUAAAGUUAUCGAAAACGGGUCUGUUGGUGGGCAUCUUCUCACUAGGUUUGCAGAGAAAGGUCUAUCUUUUCGUGUAACCUCAAAUCCGGUUGAAAGAUCAAUCAUGUGGAAAAUGAACGUACCUGAUCAUAUUGCAAAGCUUUCCCCUCUUGGAUCAGAAGUGCCAUACAUACUACUUGUGUCUGAGGCAGAGGAAUUUUGUGACCUUGUAAUCACCGAAUCCUUCUUUGACAGCAUUCAUAGAGUCCAAAGUCAGUACCCAACUUUCACGAUAUGCUAUCUUAUUAACAAACUAACGAGUUACAUAAAAAAAUGUGAACAGAAUCAAUACAAAAAUCCAUCAAAUGCUAGCUGUUGGAAAUGCCCACCUGUUGAGGAGAUUUUGUCAAAGUUGACGACUCAUUACUCAAACGUGCAUUCAAGGCAAUGCAUAGAUGAAGCAGAAUUAGCAGAACAUGUUGUUGGCUUAACAUGUAGCCUUGCCAAUUGCCAGUUUAGAAAGAAGUUGACUUGGCUGUCAGUACAUGCUAACGGGUCCAUUGUUCCAAAGGAUUUCAUUGACAAGAAUCUGACUAAAAAGAGUGUCUGGUUGAAAGCACUAAUAGCCAUUCCCAAAGUGCAACCAAGACAUGCUGUUGCCAUUUGGAAGAAGUAUCCAACUAUGAGAUCCCUUUUGAAUGUAUACAUGGACCCAAAUAAAUCGGUCCAUGAAAAGGAGUUCCUGCUUAAGGAUUUGAUGGUUACGGGGAUUGUGGGAACGGAAGACAGGAGGCUAGGUGAGAUUUGUUCAAAGAGAGUGUACAGAGUUCUUAUGGCACAAACUGGAGGCAUAAAAACUGAUGAUGUCGAGGAAGGAGCCGACUUUUUUCACUGUUGAUUCUGCAUUCGUAUGCCGUGCAAUGCGGCGAAUCCAAUCCAAUAGGUUGGGAGAAUCACGGCAACUUCCCUCCCAACAUCACACACGGAGCAUCCAUGCACCCACUCCUCCUGCGGUCCCAUCAUCUCCUCCCCCACCUCUUUUAUCUCUCUCUCUCUCUCUCUCUCUCUCUCUCUCUCUCUCCCUCUCAUCUCAAUUUAAUGCCUCUAACAUUGCCCCUUCUUCCUCGUUCGUAUCUCUCUCUGGAUGCAGACAUAUAGGGAGGGGAUGGAGAAGUGCAGGUCCUUCCCGGAGAUCUCAUCUUCCUCUUGUGAUGGGUUUGGGUACGAGAACAGGUCCAACUCCUACAGCUUCAACGGUCCCGAUGGGAAGGGCGCUGGGUUUGCGAGCUCCACCGACCCCGAGCUGAAGAGGAAG